UACCAAACCAAUCUCAGCGCAUGCUCACUUCUCAAUAUCAUGCUGACUCGGGUUGCCUUUGUGCUUGGCGCGCUGCUGCUGUUCAAUGCCGCGUACUCGACCGUGCAAUAUCGCAACUUCCUGAAGAUGGCCGAGAAGGACCAGAGCGGGCUUCCCAUUGACAUCGUGCUGCAAACAUUGGCCGCCAUGGUUCUCGCUACAUGGGCAAUCGUCGAGUACACUGCGCCAUUCAAGAAUAUUCACGGAUCGAACGAGCGAGUACGGUACGACGCUGUCGACAAUCGACCAAUCUUCUACUCCUUCCAACAUCGUGGGGCUCUCUUGUUCAAGAAGCAAUAAGAAAAUGUUUGCUCGACCAAACUGUCCCGUCUAUUGUCACAUUACAUACAAAUCACAUUUACAGGAGCAG